AUGGUUACAUACAUUGAUUCAAUUGUUACUGUCAUGAAUCCAGAUAUAAACCCAGAUCUAGCAACAUAUAUUUCUGAACAGCAUCCUUGUCAAAAACCAAUAGAGCAAUUAGUAAAUGACUUUGACGACUAUUGCCAAUUGGUUAAUAAAGUUCAAAAACAUACAAAAUGCUCACCUUCAUCUUGUCUUGUAUUAAAUAAAUAUACUAAUUUAGAAGAAUGUCGGUUUGGAUAUCCAAAAGAAUUAUGUAAUUUUACUAUAAUUCAAUCUAAUGAUAAUAACCAACCAAAACUUUUAUUACGUUGUAAUGAUUCAAUAGUCAAUUCAUAUUGUCGAAUUCUUCUGCAAGGUUGGAGAGUCAAUAUUGACAUAAAGCCUAUUCUUUCUCUUCAUGCUGCACUUUCAUAUGUCACAAAAUAUGCUAGCAAAUCAGAAUUAAGGUCAGAGGCAUUUAGUGAAAUAUUUUCUAAUUACCUUAAAAAUGCAAAAUCUGAUGAGCCAGCCUUAAAAUCAGUACAAAAACUUUUAUUACAUACAAUAACUGAAAGAGACUUUUCUGCCCAAGAAUCAUCUCAUCUUCUUCUUAAAUUACCUUUAGCCAUAUCAUCUUGUACGUUCUUUACUCUUAACCUUAAUGAAGAUAACACAUUACGUAAAUUAAUUCAUGAUAACAACAUGCAAAAUAAUGAACAAAGUUCCUCAGUUAGAACUGAACUUUCUCAUUUACAAGUUUAUUGGGAAUGGACCCCACGCAAAAAAAAUUAUGUUAUUCGAAUUUGGUCUUGCCUAUCAUCAGUUCGCCUUGGACCAGCGUGGAAAGAUUAUUGCAGAUUAAAGUUUUCUGCUGUAAUUGAAAGUGAUGGAAAUGAUCUUUUUGAGCUUGAAGAAAAUAAUAUAAUGAUUCAAGAACCAUGGAUGCAAAUAGCUACAAAUAGUUUACAAGCUAUAACUAAUGAUCUUGGAGAAUGUUUUAUAGAUAUUCAUCAUAUGUGGUCAGGAUCAUAUAUUGCAUUUCCAAAUCUUAGUAAAGUAGAAUCAUUCUUAAAGCAUGCUAAAUGCAAACAAAUUGAAACUACAUUUUAUAAUGAUAAUGACAAAACUUUAAUUGACCCUAGUACAUUAAAUAAUAGGCAAAGACAAAUUUUUGAUUAUGUAAUUUUACAUUAUUCUAAACUUUUAACAAAUUCGGAUAACCAAUUAAUUGAACCUUUAUGUGCUAUUAUUAUGAGUACAGCUAAUACUGGAAAAUCUUAUGUUAUCAAAGCUAUCCGUAAUCGUAUGUUUGAAAUAGCACGAGAACAUAAUAUUGAUACAAAGAAAGAACCACCUAUAUUAGUUCUUGUGCCCACAGGUGUUGCAGCAUUUAAUAUAAAUGGUUGUACAAUUCAUUUGGCACUCUUCCUCCCUUCAAAUUUUAAAAAUUUAGAACUCAAAGCUGAGUCUUUAAAAAAACUUCAACAAAAAUUGAAGGGUGUUAAAAUUACCAUUUUUGAUGAAAAAAGCAUGAUCAGUCGUAGACUACUUGCAUUGCCACCAGUUUUAAAUCUUCCUAUGUAUGCAUUAGAUUCUCGACCAAAUGAUCCUCUCUCAGAAGCAGGCUUAACAUUGUCGCAAGCUGUGAUAAACAUUGGCAAUAAGGAAUUUGCUAUAGGUCUUACAUUUGUAGCUAUUUCAAGAGUUC